AUGUCGGCGGACUACAGCGCCGCGACAGGCAUGGGUGGUGGCCUGGGAAACCUCGCCGACGAGCUCGCCGAUGCUUGGGAGGAGGAAGAAGGUGGCUACGGCUAUGCGUCGGGUCAGGAGAUUGACCAGAUCCCCGCGGAUACGCAACCACUGGAGCACAGCGACGCAGACGAUGACCAUCACCACCACAUGCGAACCCGCCGGCCGUCCUCGGGCUACUCCCCGGACCGCUCUCUGCAACCGCCGAAGCCGAAGAUCCGAAACGGCCACCGGCAUCGUCGGCAUGAAUCCCACUACGAUGGGUCCGACUACGGGAAUGACUCCGAUUUCGAGGAGGCCGCCGAUAUCUCCCCCGGCUUGGAGAGCCAGAUGGCGGAGAUUGAGAGUCUCGCUCGGCGGGGGAUCGAGAAUAACGGAAGCGAGAAUGACUUUGUCAUUCAGCGCGCGGUGGAGGCUCUUCGAGAUCUGGGUGCCCAGAGUGGGAUUGAAAACAACGCCAUGAGACUCAUCACCGCACACUCCUCCAUCACGUCACACCUCACCCACCAAACCCGAGCCCUCCAGACACUCACCCACCCGCUUCUUUUCUCUCCGUUCCCGCUCCUCUCCGAAGACGCCAUCGACGCCCUCAUCCCUCUCAUCGACGAAGAACUCCUCCCAAACCUCCCGUACCCCUUCCCCGAUCAGGCCCGCCAGUCACCCAAUGCAGUGAGCCGCUCGCAGUCGCCCGCCCUCGACCCGCUCGUCUCCCUGCAGACGCUCAUUUCGCAGACCUCCGACAUCACCCUCUCCCUGCGCGGCCUGAGCGAUACGCUCUACGAGUCGCGACAGCUGACCUCGACCGCCUCGCGACGCCUGCGCUCCGCCCGCGAACUCGUCGCCGAACUGCGCCGCGAGGAAGAAGGCCGCGAGGAAGGCACGCGGUGGAUCGAAAAGGGCGACUGGGACCGUCGCCUGCAGGACCGCGAAGCCGGUCGCGAGUGCGGCGACGUUGUCAGCGGCUUCGAGGCCGUCUGCGGCGAGUGGAGAGAGAAGCUCUUCGGUGCGGCCGGGGCCGAAGUCGCGGCGGCUUAA